AUGGUGCAAGCUGAAUCUUCCUCUGCCGCUCGCAGCGGUGCCAAGGCAAAUACUGCUGGUGCUCCGGUGGACUAUGAGCUCCCCUGGGUCGAGAAAUAUCGCCCAAUCUUCCUCGAUGAUAUUGUCGGUAACACUGAAACAGUGGAACGGUUAAAGAUCAUUGCCAAAGAUGGCAAUAUGCCACACGUUAUCAUCUCCGGCAUGCCGGGUAUUGGAAAGACCACUUCAGUUUUAUGUCUAGCGCGGCAAAUGUUGGGUGAUGCAUACAAGGAGGCAGUUCUAGAGCUGAACGCUAGUGAUGAGAGAGGUAUCGAUGUGGUCCGGAAUCGAAUCAAAGGUUUUGCCCAAAAGAAGGUUACAUUGCCCCAAGGACGCCAUAAGUUGGUCAUUCUUGAUGAAGCCGAUAGUAUGACUGCCGGUGCCCAACAAGCCCUGCGACGUACUAUGGAAAUAUAUUCCUCCACCACACGAUUUGCCUUCGCCUGUAACCAGUCGAAUAAGAUCAUCGAACCCAUUCAAUCACGUUGCGCCAUUCUUCGUUACGCCCGGUUGACGGACGCCCAGGUUGUGAAACGGUUGAUGCAGAUUUGCGAGGCGGAGAAGGUCCAGCACUCCGAGGACGGCAUUGCUGCACUUGUUUUCAGUGCAGAGGAGACAUGCAGUACCUGGUCCGGUUUCGGCUUUGUCAGCGGAGACAAUGUUUUCCGGGUAGUCGACAGCCCGCACCCGGUCAAAGUCCAAGCGAUGAUCAAAGCUUGCUGGGAAGGCAAGGUGGAUGUGGCAUUGGAGGGUUUGAAUGAACUAUGGACCCUGGGAUACUCUUCUCACGAUAUCAUCAGCACCAUGUUCCGAGUCACCAAGACCAUCCCCACAUUGUCCGAACAUUCCAAGUUGGAGUUCAUUCGGGAGAUUGGAUUCACGCAUAUGCGUAUUCUAGAUGGUGUGCAGUCACUGCUUCAACUGAGUGGCUGUGUGGCAAAGCUUUGCAAGAUUAACAUGAAACCCGAUCUUUUCGAGCCUCCCAAGGCUUGA